AUGGUGACAAUGUUCGAGGUUGGGCAGGAUGUUGUAGUUGCCCAGAGACAGUGGCCUGGUGUGAACAAGGAGGGCGGACCAGGGAGGGUCUCGAAAAUCAACUCCGAUGGCACCAUAGCGGUUGCCUACAUCAUCGGCAACCGUAGCGAGGCUAGGGUACCACUGAAGUAUGUGCGACUUCUGGAACAACCCGAGGGGCCAACGGGGUCGACGGGGGGCGUUCGAAGCCGUUCGGCCACGAGGUCGCUGCGCGGAGCGCGGGCGGUUAAGGCCCCGAAGCAAUUCGACGAGACGGUGGCGAGGAUGUCGGCUUCAGCAACCGGCCCCGAGCUGCCGGAGCUCGCCGCAGGCACUCCCAAGUUCAUCCACCAGCAGGUGAAAGACAUGGAGAAGCUCAUCUCCAGGAUAGAGAAGGAGGACAGCUACGAGAUCUUUCGCACAGAGCUCGACCCUAUAGAGAAGCUGAAGGGCACGGAGGGAGCGGAGGGUGACGAGCAGAACGGCGGCGAUGCCGACCGGAGCGGGUUUGCAUGGGUGACCGCCGGACGCGGUCGAAGAGUUACUUCUUCUACUGCUGGUGGUGGUAGUGUUGGGAGUGAGGAGGGGGCUCCGCAGUCGUCGGACAAGAAGCGGGCAGGUUCGCCUGUCCGUGGCGAUGGGGGCAGCGGGGACGCGGGGCCGGGUCCGCCAUCGCGCAGGCGGCCUAGGAAAGGAUCGUCGGUGGCGGUUAACGGAGGGGAGCCUGCUGCUGCGGUGGCGGGUGCGGAUGUCCCUACCCCCCCUCGGCGUUCGCCGUCCACGGCUGUGGAGGAUGCCAUGAAUGUCGAUAGUGAGGGAAAGGCCGACGAGGAGGGCGAUUUGGCGGCAACGGGGCGGAACGGUGUGCUGCUGAAGGAGUCGCAGCACCCUGUCAAGCCCAAGGCGCCGCCGAUCAACCUUCCCCAGAUUAGGGAGCGCUUCGUAAGGGGUUGCUACGUUCCCGCGCCCGGGUCCUACUUAGUUCAAUCUCAAGAGGCCGUGCCUGCGCGGGGGGAGGCUAGCGGUAACCAGGCGCCGUUGCUGACGUCUGGGGACGACGACUCCACGCCUGUGGCAGCGGCAGCGGAGUCGAAAGCGGCGCCGACGGCAGCAGCGGCGGCAACGACGACGGAGGCCGAGACCACCGGCGGUAACGCUGCCGUCGCGGGUGCCUCGAAACGGUCGCGGAAGAGGCCAUCGUUCUCGAGAUCGGGGUCGUCGUCGCCACCCCUACCGUCCCAAUCCCCCAAGGAGGAGGCGACGGAAAAAGCGGCGGAAUCGCCGGCCCCCGCCCCCGCCUCCGGUACUGCUGUGACGAAGACGGCUUCGAAGGCUUCGAAGGCUUCAAAGCCGACCGGGAAAGCCUCGUCGUCGUCGCUGCAGACCCGGCCGACGCCGGUGUUACCCCUCACGAGAGACUCCGGGAGGCUCGGCGGCGCAGCGAAGCUGACCUUCGACUACGAGCCCCUGCUGGACUGGGCGGGGCUGCGCGCGGACAUCGCGGGGAUGGUGGGCAGGAUGGUCGAGUGGGCAGAGGACUGGAAGUCCGACAGGGAGCAGGAGAAGAACCAGCGGCGACAGCGACGGCGGCGACGGCGUUGUCGGGCGGAUGGCGGCGGGACCGGGGGCGACGCGAAAGGGAAGACGCAGGAAGCUGGGGGCGAGGGGGAGGCGGAGGAGGAGGAGGACGAUGAGGAGGGGGAGGAACACGUGCAGCAGAACUUGGAAGACGCCAAGCGGUUCUUGGCCAACGCAGACGAUCUGUACUCCAAGCACCUGGAACGGGCGGAGAGGGAGAGGUACGCCUACGCGGUUAAGCGGAGUGUGGAUGACCUCAUCAGGGAGAGCAACUUAGCGGCCGUACAGGGAGAGUUUCGGACGGAGCCGUUCCCGCUUCGAGUGUACCAGCAGUACCUGACGACGUACAGGCCGGCUCGUGAUCUUCGCCCGGAGGAUCGCAAGGCGAUCGAGGUGGAUCUGAUAUCCGACCUCCCCGACGGCUAUGUGACGGAGGCGCACGGCUCGAACGAUGACUACAGCAUCAGUGAGGCCUGGAUGCGGACUUACAUGAAGGAGUCAUCCGCUUCCAAAGCUGGUGCUUCCUCUGCUUCUACGACGCUUGCGAUCGCAGGGGAGGGGGCGACGCAAGAAUCGGUCGGGGGCGGUGCGAGCGGUGCCGAAAACGGCGGCAAUUUUCUCAACGACGAAGGCAUCCGGGCGCAGGUCUCGAACCUGUUGGAGAAGAUGUGCACCAUGGUCUCGAUCAAUAUCAAGAACGACAAGAACGAGGUGCAGAAGCAGCCCCUCACUCUGACAAGGUACAGGGUCAAGAGCGACUCCAAGGGUACCUCCGCGAACAGCAAGGGCGCAGGCGACAGCAAGGAUGACGUGGUGGUGCCUGCACAAGAGGAUGGCAGCCUAGGGCAGGCACAGCUUGAGGAGCGGAGCGUGUGGGGUAUCGACUGCUACACCCGCAGCAACGUGGAGCACAUGCUCGAUCUCACGCUGGGCCUCAGCAAGGAGCAGGCUCAGCACUGGAUCACUACGACCCUGCUCCCAGCCUUGAACCGCCAGAACGGGCCGAGGGGGGUAGACAUGCUGCCGGCACUCCGAGAUCUUUGCAAGGUCAUCCCGGACGGAGAGACGGAGGAAGAGCUGGAGGCCUCCAGGGCCCGCGCUGAGGCGGAAGAGUUCGAGCUAGGUCCGAAGGCCGAGGGGGAGGACUUGCUUGCCGCGCAGGCGCUGCUUCACGCUAUCGAGGGGCUCCAGCUGCUACACCAGGAGCACCGUGCAACCGAGUCGUUGGUCCGGUGUUACUUCCACAGCCACCCCAAGGGCACCGGGGUCAUCUGCAAGGCGAAAGAAGGACUCAAGGCGGACACGUUUGUGUCGGAGUACCUCGGGGACCUGUACCCGUCGUGGCGUUGGAACGAGAAGCUGAGCGCCAUCGAGGAGGCCAAGCUUAAGCACGGCCUUAAGCCAGACCUGCCCGACUUCUACAACUUCAUGAUGGAAAGACCCAAAGAGGACGCUCGCGGCUUCGGACUGCUUCACGUCGAGGCGGGAAACCACGUGGGCAACUUUUCGAGCUCCUUGUCCCACAGCUGCAACUCGAACUGCACGACGGCAACGUCGGUCCGGAACGGGAGGCUUUGUGUAACGCUCUCCACCACCCGCGCCAUUGCCUUCGGAGAGGAACUGACGAUGAACUACGGCGCCAUCACCUCGUGCGAGACGGAGUACGGCAAGGCAGUGUGCCUGUGCGGCUCCAACCUCUGCCAGCAGAGCUUCAUGACCUUCACGGGCAUGGACAGCUACAGCAAGAUCCUACGAGGACUGGGACCCCUCAUGGUCUUCCGCGGUCUGAUUCAGUCUGCUGCCGACACACCGAUAUCCUCGGGCGAGCUGGAAACGCUGCAGAAGUUCGGGCUGAAAAGCUCAGCCCUGGGCGACCUCUGCCCGAUCUGGCUCAAGAAGUUUGCCGCCAUGCAGCUUCGGUACGUGGAGUUCGAACGUCGAAAGCUUCCACCGACACUCAUGGCCUCCGGGGACCACACCUACCAGUCGGCCGACAUCGAGAGCCACCAGGUCAUGGACCGCCGCAUCCGCAGCCUGGUGGAAGUGCUGAGCGGGGUGUACCACUUCCUUCAAGAGCAGAAAACGGCGCACUCCCGCCCCCUCCCGGAGGGCUUCGAACCGCCCGCGCCGGCGGCAGGAGGAAGAGCGGGGGCGGCCAACGAAGACCCCGCGACGUUGGCGGAGAGACCACCGCUGAAGCUUCUGGUAGACGACGAGGUGGUGGAGGCGCUGUGGAGCGGGCGGCAGAGCAUGAUGCGGAGGCUGCUCCGGAGGCUGGAGGCAAUAUACUGUGCGAAAUUGGUCGUGGAGACGCCCGAUCCUGAGGAUAUUCAGCGCCGCCCUGCAAGAAGGGUGACGAGGAGACCUGCUAGACCGAGGGCAUCAGGGGGCGGGGGCACGUUGCGCGUUGCUGUUCCCCGUCGCCCGCGUGUGGCGCAGCCGGUGAUUUUGCGAGAGCGCAUCCUAGUGUGGGACAUCUCGAGGCGGAGGUGCAUCAUGCUUGAGGCACCCCCGCGUGACGAGCUGGUAGCCUGGCUUAACGCGCACCCGAACGCGGAGGUCUACACGGGACAGGGCGACCCACAUGACGGUCCGGGUGAGGGCGGGAUCAUGGCUGACAACGGCGAGCCGCGGUCCCAGCACGACAUCAUUUACCUCUGGGAUGCAAUCAAUCGGAGACGCCUGCCUCUCGAAGAGUGUCCAAAGAGGAGGAACGUGGCCGAAUUCAUCGCCGUCCGGCCGCACCUGUUCCUCUACGCCGGCCAAGACAUACCCGAGCAAAUCGCGUGGUACGGUGCGUGGGAGGCGAGGGGGGUCGCAGACGCCUACGCGGCGGUGACGGCCCUGGCGGGCGGGGACGAGGACGAGCGCAUCCCCCUGUGGAACACCGUCACCAAGGAGAAGGUCACCGGGAACGGCGCCGUACCGGAGAGGGCAGCGGCUGCUGUCCACCGCCACGAGGCGCAGUCGACGACAACAACGGCGGCAGGUGGGGCCGGUAGUCAUCAGGCGCGCGCUCCCGCGUCCCCGUCGUCGGUGUCAUCGCUGGAGACAGGGCGCGAUCACGACCCGCGCGCCCCGCAGACGGCGCUCUUGGCCAUGAUUGAUACCGCGUCCUCCUCCCUGAAUGGCUUCGACGGGAGCACGGUGUCGCCUAGGUCGGCCGGGUGGGCCGGCCAGUUGCAGCCGGGGACCGCGGCGGCGGCAGCCGCCGCUGCCGCUGCCUCUGCGAUGGUGAACGGCGGCUACACGUUCCACCAGCAGCACCACGCCCACCAAGCGCCCACCGUGAUCAAGCAACCCCUACUUGUUCAUCAGCAGCUGCCGCAGCCGCAGGCCUUGCAGCGCUGGGGUCAGCCCUCAGUGCCGCCGCUUCCCGCGGGGCCCGUUUGGAUGCCCCCGCACGGGAUCGCCACGGCGGCUGCGGCGGCAGCGGGGCCCGGAGGGGCGGCGAACGGGUUCAUGCCCGUUCCGUGCGCCCCUGGGUCCAUGGCGGCAGCAGCGGCGGUGACGCCCGAGUAUGCCUUCAACGGGAACUUGCCGAGGUUCCAACCUAGCAUCGCGUGGGGCGGGGGGUUCGUGGGGCAGAUGGGCGCGUGGGGCAUACCCCCCUCUGCCAUCCCACAGGCGGGGCUCGGCGGAGUUCCUACGGCGGGAUUAGAUCUCGCUGCGCUAGUGCAGACUCUAGAUGGCACCUCCAAGGCAUCCAAGAGGUUCAAGGGCAGGGGGGGUGCCGUUCUCAGGGGGCGUGGAGGCGCCGUGCUGAAGAACCAGAACAAAUCUCCCAGCCCAACCUCGUCAUCCGCGAACCUACAUGCCGGCGGCGGCAGUGGCGGCAGGGCGGCGGCGGCAAACGGAUCCGGGGCGGCACCCUCACAGACCGCGGAGCACCCGCGGCAAGGCCCCAGAGGGGGCGACGCGGAUGGCGGUGGCGUGGCAUGUAACGGGGAUAGUGGGGCCGGAAAGCGGCCCGCCGCGGACCGUGUUGCGGGGGAGGGGCUGGUAGGGCGUAAGAGACCCGCGGCUAGGAAGGGCAAGGGACCGGCGGUCAAGGGGCUUGUGGGUGGCAAAGCGCCUGCGGCCAACAAGCCGGUAGCGGGCGGCAGUGGGCGCGGCGUUAGCGACGCUGAGUUACAAAGAAUCCUGUCCGGGGGCGACCCCGAUGACCGCAUAUAUAUGUGGGACCCCGUGAGGGAGACCAAGUCGUACGGCGUGAGAGCUCCCAAGCGGAAGACGCUGCCCGAGUUCAUCAAGAGACAUCCCUUGUACGAGCUCUACGUGAACCAGGACUCGAGGGCGAAACCCGGCUCGUCUGGCUCUCGGCCUUCGGUAACGUCUGGCUCUCGGCCCUUGGCAUCGUCUGCCUCUCGGCCUUCGACAACAUCUGGCUCUCGGCCAUCGGCGGCCUCAGCGGCGGCCGGCCCACCCCCGUCGAAGCUCGCAGCACAGGAGACCUCUCCCGUCAAGACGACGACGAUCCGACCCCUGGACCGUAAGGCGUACAAUGCCGGGAGGGAUGUCAUCAUGAAGAUCCAGAGCAAGCUUGACAAUGAUGUGGUGGCCCACAAGGCUCAUCUCAAGAAGGCGCUGCUGGAAGUGCGAGAGCUGUUGCUCGGCCUCCGGACGCUGCCGAACGCCCGCAACAAGGCGGCAGCGGACGUCCUGCUCCUCCUGGCCCACACGAAGACCUUCGCCGAGCCAACCAACUACGCCACGGUGGUGGGGGACCCCGUCCAGGUCCUGGCGAAGGAGAUCGGCAACAACGUGCCCAAGGCGGUGCUUGCUCGUUACAAGACCGAGAAGCGCUUGGCGAUGCAAAAGAGAAAGAAGCGAGACUCGAGGGCGGCGGCUGCGCUGGCCGCUGCCGCCACCGCCACCGCCCCCGACGGAGACGCAAGAGGAGGAGGAGCAGCAUCAGCAAGGGUAGGGGCGGUAGACUCUCCGUCGUCUCCCCCGUGCACACCGUCCCGAGCAGAUGCUGGAGGUGAUGGUUUUGGUGGUGAUGGUGAUGGUGCUGCCUCUACUCCUGGGAAACCUUCCCCAGCGGGUGUGGCCACAGCCGCCGGUGACGGUGAUGGUAUGACGACACCUUCGGCGAGGAGGGCGGGAGCAGGGCAAGCGUCAUCGCCAGACGAAAAUGAAACCGCUUCGGGCGCUAGCGAUCCCGCCACCACCGCCGCCACCGCCGCCAUCGCCGCCGCCGCCUCCGCCACCGCCGCCGCCCCCGCUGGCAACGGGAAGGGAAAGAACAAGGCGAGGAGCGGCAGCCUCGCCCGCGCGUCGGCCAUGGUUAGGGCCAAGGCAGAGAAGACAGCAGCGGCGGAGGAAGCGGCUGCUGCUGCUGCAGCGGCGGCGGCGGCGGCGGCUACGGAUACUCCGAAGGUCGCGGAAAAUGGGAAAACCCCUGAGAAUGCCGCUGAAAAUGAGAGCGGAUCGUCCGACUGCGAGUCGGAGGCAACAGCACUCGCGAGCGAGGGGGAAGGGGCACCAGGAGCGGCGGCGGCGGGUACGGCGACAGCAGUGAACAGCGGCAGGAAGCAGCCGGCCGCAAGGGCAACGGCCGCCAAGUCUGCGUCGCCGGCGCCUGCAACCGGUGCGAAGCCUGCUAGCGUCGGCAGCAAGGGGAAGAAGCAGGGCGGGUGGAGCAAGAGAGCCAGGGCUCGACAGAGAAGAAGCACGCCGGCGAGGCCGAAACCCCCUCCGAAGCCGCAGGGACCGAAGCCGGGAGACGGGUGCCUGAAAGGAGACGAGGUGAUCCACGAGUACUGGCCUGUUUCCGGGCCUCACUUCGUUCUGGCACAGCUCCUGCAGUGGCACAAUGAUGGAGAGGGGGGUAACCCCAACGAGCCUUUCGACGACAAGCUCCGAGGUUGUGUCCGCCUCCCGGACGUCCUAGAGGCGUACGAGGGCAUCGGCAGCUACACCAAGGACCAGCGGAAACUCCUCGUGACCCACCUGGAAGACCCAGAGCAGAGAAAGCACCCCUGGCCCGCCAAGCUCGACGUCGCCUUCGGCAAGGAGGACCCGGAAGAGCUCGCUGCCAAGGAGGCCGCCGCCUCUGCCGCCGCCGCUGUAGGCGAAGAUCGAGGAGACCGUUCGGCGGCAGGAGACGCCGGUGCCGGUAGCGGCGGCGGCGGCGGCGGCGGCGCCGAAUCGGCCGCCUCCCCCAAGGGCGACGCGCCCGGCAGCGGCGGCAGCAGGGGACCGGGGGGGAAGUUCACCGGAAAGGGUAGACGCGCCGGGUUCGGUGGCAAGGGGGCAGGGGCGGCCGCGGGGAUGGCGGCCCCCGCCGGCGGGCUUGUGCUCCUCGGAAGCCCCAUGGUAGACGCGACUCUGGAGGACACGCAGGGGCUCAAGGAGGUGAUCGAGAUCUUGAAGCGGGAGACCGGGCUCUCGGAAGGCGCUAACGGGGACGAGGGGGCGAUCACUUUGAGGAUGGAGGAGGACGGGCCGCAGAACAGCACACCCACUCCGUGGGCUCAGUGCGACAGGUGCCUCAAAUGGAGGAGAAUACCCUGGCACAUCGACCCUGAAACGCUCCCAGAGUUGUGGACUUGCGAAAACAACACCUGGGAUCCAGAGACGGCCAGCUGUGACGUGGCAGAGGUUGUGGACGAGGAGGACAUGGAGGCCUCGGUCAUUGCCGGCUCCGCUAUCGUCGAGGAGAAGGCGCUAGUCGUGAGCUCUUGGAUCGAUGUUUUCUGCAACCAGACGCACAAGUGGUACCCCGCUAAGGUAAUCAAGGAAGACAGGGAGGGAGACCGCGUGCUGGUGCAGUUCUUCGGCUGGUCGGAGAGAUACAACCAGUGGGUGUCCAAGAAGAGCAAGGACCGCAUCCGCCGGGUACACACCCAUACCCAGGAGGUCGCACCCGCCCGCAAGUGGCUCAAUAAAAUGUACGGCCCGGGGUCCGGCGGUGGGUCCGAAGCGGAAAGGAGCGAAGCGGAGACCAAGCACCCGAAAAAGGGAGGGAGCGAUAGAGAUGGAGGUGCAUCAGGCAGCGGGUGUGGCUCCAACGACAAGCGAAAAGCCGUGGUGUUGGCGAAAACCGCCACACCAAAGGAUUUCGAAUCCGCAGCUUCGGCGGCGGCGGACCGCGCGGUCCACAGCAAGGCGGCGGAGCACUUCCGGAGCUGGACCUCCAACGGAGACAGCGAGGGCGCCGUGGCGGCGGCGACGGCGGCGGCGGCGGCAGCGGCGGCCCUGCUGAAGCGGGGCGAGACCCCUUUCAAGCAGGACGAAGCGGACCACGCCAAGAGCCUGCUGUCCGGGCUGGCGACUGCCUUCCAUUCGUCGCCGACGAGGGUGGCGAAGGAGACCUGGAAGCGAUCAUCGGGCGGGUUUGGCGACUCGCCAGCGGAGCAAGACAACGGCCGUGGCAGGAACGGAGCGGAGGCCGGGGGGCGGUCCAUGCUGACCAUCUCGGCUCGGGACAGAGACCUCGCCCACUCCCCGUCGUCGUCGGUGUCGUCUUCGCCGGUUAGGGGCAAGCGGGUCUCGCCCAUGUCUUCCCCACUGUCCUCCAGGAUGAUGACCCCUCACCUGUCCAUGGACUACCACCGGUCCGAGAGCCCGGGAAUCGGGGACUCCGCUGCUGGGACUGAAAAUGGCGGCGACCCCGCUCGGACGGAGAACGGCGACAGUCAAGCAGCCGUAGAUCAUCAGCACAGCGGUGGUUCGAACGGCGAUCAAUCGCACGACGGCGGAAGCGACCGCGCGGACGAGUGCAACAACUCGGGUUGUCUCGAGGGUGGGGAUGGCCAUGCCCCGAAGACGCAGCCUCCUUGCUCUGCGUCCCCUCUCCUGCGCAGCGCCAUCAACGGAAACAGCAGCGGUGGUUCGUGUGCCGCCUCCGCGCCCUCCUCCACCACGGCGGAAGUCAAAGGCACUCGGCAAGAUGGGGAAGACAAGGCCAAGGGCGACGACAACGCCAGGGACGACGCUGCCAAUCCCAUGGCAGGCGAAGGGGAAACCACUCCCAGCACCAACACUAGCCGAAGCAGCAGCAGCACCACCGGCAGCAGCAACAACAGCCCUACGGCUUCCAACUCUGCUGACAAGCCAAGCUCCCCGGUCUGCCCGCGCCUCCCGACACAGGCUGAGGCCGUUGACGGCGACGCUUGGGCGUGCAACGGCCGCCGGGACGCCCGAGUCCCGGUCCGAGUGCCCCCCACCCUGGCCUGGAACCCGCCCCCAUCCGACCUCGCCUCCGGAGGCUUGCAGCGCUCUUGCAAGCGACGCAAGAUGCUCAGCGACGUCGCUCCUUCGCCGUCCUCGUCCUCCUUGACGCCGGGCCUGAUGGAGGCGGAAGGGUGUGCUGCUACGGCGACGCGUCGGCCUUCUUCCGCCAGCGCGCGAAUUGCACAAGAAGGUCGGGGGGCGAUGAGGAGAUCCCUCAACGCUCCAAGAUUCAAGUGCGCGGUUUCACGCAUGUUCACAAGACGAAGAAGAGGGAGUGCCUGCGCAGAGGGUUUUCUCGGGCAUGACAAGGCCGCCACACGGGUACGAUUCCAUAGUAGGCAAGCGGGGCGACUGGACGAGGCGGAGGAGCUGCUAAGGCGCUGUCUGGCGACUAGUGUGGCUAGACUGGGUGAAGAUGACAUCAAGGUCGGCAAAGUACUGCACCAACUUGGUGUUUGCGUUCAAGCGGUCGGGCGACUGGACGAGGCGAAGGAGCUGUUCGGGCGCCGGCUGGCCAUCUUGCAAGCCAAGCUGGGCCGAGAAGGACUCGAGUUGGACCACUCGCUCUACUGCCUUGAUCUUCGACAAGCUCAGUUCUUUCGAAGCGAACACCUCAUCUCCUCAACGACGUGGGAGUGUAACUUCUGA